AUGUCACAGUUCUCUACCAUGACGACCAACGAGAGGAAGAUACAAGCUGCAGCCAUCUGUAGGGAGAUACAGGGUCCUGAAGAUGCAGAGAUGGACCUGGGGAAGAAGAUGAGUGUCCCUAAGGAUGUGAUGCUGGAGGAGCUGUCUCUGGCCUCCAACAGGGGCUCCCUCCUCUUCGAAAAGCGCAAGAGGCGCUCUGAAAAAUACACCUUCGAGAGCAUCCAGAAUGUAGCCAACACACAGAUCAAUGUAAGCAACACAAACCCCUUGAAUAGUCAAGAAACCACAGAAAGCAACAGCUUGGGAGUGGAACAGUCUAGAACACCCCCGAACACGCCUGAUCCGAGCAACACCCCCAACCCAGACAACAUUGCACCAGGUUAUGGUGGACCUCUAAAACAAAUGGAACCAGAGAAGUUCAACAGCACAUGCCUCCCCAAGUCCUACCACUCCCCCUGGGACCAGGCCAUCUACCACAGCGACCCCUCCCUGGCCGAUAGCCUUGUCAACCACCUGCCAGAGCCAGAGGCCAAGCCUGAAGGACCAGGGUACAAGAGCUUCAACAGAGUGGCUACCCCGUUUGGCGGCUUCGGCGGCAAGUCUACCAUACCGGCCCCGUUGUUCAAGGCCCCCGAUGUGGAACACAACCCCAUGUCGGAGCUGUACCCAGAGCUCCAGGGGGAGCCUGCGGUGCAGAGGCCCACAUUCAACAGGGUGCCCUGCGGCUGGGCGGGGGCCAACGCUCCCCUCAUCCUCCCCAAAAUGCACCUGGAUCCCAUGUUUAUCCCAGAGUCCGAUGACCUUUGAACUUCUGGCGGUUGCUCAGUCUUCUGAGAUGCUGCCUGGUUUGCUACCCAAAAGUCCUUCCGCUAGGUUAGGGUCAGAAUAGGGUCAGAAUGAG